CCCUAGCUACUCUCCGUUAUGUGCCUCUCAUGGCUUCCUCCGCCAUCUUCUUCUCUUUCUUCCUCGGCCUCUCUCUCCAUGUCUCUGCCGAUAAACCCAGCGAUAUAUGUCCGGUAAGAGUUUGUCACCCUCACGGUCCUGAGAUUCGCUUCCCUUUCCGAGUAAGAGACUUCCAUCCCGAGCGAUGCGGCUAUCCGGGCUUCGACCUCUCGUGCAACAUCCGAGGCCAAGCGAUUCUCCAGUUGCCCAACUUGCAGUACUUCGUCGUCGACCUCAUUAACUACGAGCAGCAGUACGUGGUGCUCAAGGAACCGACCAACUGCCUGGCGAAGCGGCUUCAGAACUUGACGCUUUCACGCUCGCCCUUCCUAGCGGAAGAGUACGGGAGCUACACGUUUGCGAGUUGCAUCGAAGAUCUAUCGUCAGAGCCUGGGAUCGAACGGGUGGACUGCGUCAGCGAUCAACGAAACAACGUGCUGUACAGUAGUACCAGCAAUUUCUACGCUUCUUGGUACUUCUCGGUGUUCAAAUGUCGGAAUUGGACCGUGUCGGUUCCGGUGUCGUCGCAAUAUCCAACGAAUAUAACCGAGAGGGUUGUCCUGAGGUGGGAUCUAUCAGAUUGUGGCGGGUGCGAGAAAAGUGGCGGGAGGUGCGGGCUCAAGGUAUCCGCAGGCUCCGAUGUUCGAUGCUUCGGUAAACAUGGGUUUUUACAGCAUGCCAAGUUUUGGAUACUCUCCGGCGUCAUAUUGCCCUUCGUCGCUUGCAUGUCCUGUAUCGCGUGCUACCUAAGCUCGCACUCUCCGCUCUCUAGUCAUCGUGGUCGUCGGGGCCACCCUCCUAACAUCGAGGACGGUGAGAACAACGUUGUUGAUAUCUCAUUUCCUUCAAGCCCCUCGAGAGAAACUCGAAGCGCCCCCAAUGGCGUCGCUGGCAUCGAUCUAGCCACGAUAGAAUCUUAUCCGAAGAUUCAAGUCGACGAUGAUGGACAGGUACCUAGGCCCAAUGAUGAUACCUGCGCGAUUUGCCUGUCAGAGUACCAGCCCAAGGAGACACUCCGGACCAUCCCUGCAUGUGGACACUACUUCCACGCCCAAUGCAUCGACCAGUGGCUCAGACGAAAUGCUUCUUGUCCGUUGUGCCGCGAUCACAAGGGGUCUCCCGAUCCUAUGACCGCAAGUAACUGA